AUGGGGGACACCGGGGGCAGGAGGGGCGCCCAGCGGGGGCGCAAGGCCCAGCCUGGCCGGGCUGGGAAGUAUGAACUGAGACCCAAGGGCCCCGCCGGCAUGGGCAGUCUUAGCCAUGGAGAAGAUUUCCAAGAUGGUAACGAGAACACAGCUUUCACCUGGGAUGUAAAGGCCAACAACCAGGCCUACAACUGGCAGUUCAAGGAGAAGGUGUUUCUGUGCUGGCACAGGCAGAAGUACAAGACCAAUGUCAUCCGCACAGCCAAGUACAACUUCUUCUCCUUCCUGCCAUGGAACCUGUACGAGCAAUUCCACCACGUGUCCAAUGUGUACUUCCUUCUCAUCAUCAUCCUGCAGGGCAUCCCCGAGAUCUCCACGCUGCCCUGGUUCACUCUCUUCGCCCCCCUGGUCUGCCUCAUCGUCAUCCGUGCCACCCGCGACCUGGUGGAUGACAUUGGCCGGCACAGGAGCGACAGAGCCAUCAACAGCAGGCCCUGCCAGGUCCUCGUGGGGAAGAGCUUCGUUUGGCAAGAAUGGAAGAAUCUGUGUGUAGGAGACGUGAUCCGUCUCAGCAAGGACAGCAUAGUCCCGGCCGACUUGCUCUUGCUGGCCAGCACUGAGCCCAGCAGCCUGUGCUACGUGGAGACGGCGGACAUCGACGGGGAGACCAACUUGAAGUUCAGACAGGCCUUGAUGGUCACCCACCAGGAGCUGACCAGUACAAGGAAGAUGGCAUCCUUCCAAGGCCGGGUGACGUGUGAGGAGCCCAACAGCAGAAUGCACCAAUUCGUGGGGUGUCUGGAGUGGAAUGGCAAGAUGUACCCCCUGGACAUUGGCAACCUCCUACUCCGCGGCUGCAAGAUCCGCAACACAGACACCUGCUAUGGAAUGGUCAUCUAUGCCGGAUGCCCAAGCGUCACCUGCGGUCUCCCCAUCCCGUCCUGGUGCAGAGCUGGGAGCCCUGCCCCUGCGCGGGUCCCAGCAGCCCCCAGCCCUGCACACCCUCCCCCUCAUGCCGCCCCACAGAUCUUCCUGUUGCUGGUGGUCAUGUCCACCGCCCUGGCCAUGAGCUUCGGUCUCUGGAUGAGAGAGUUCAAAGACAGGCACCACUACCUCUGGAUCCUGUACCAGGGCGGUGUGGCCCUGGAGUCCUUCUUCAUCUUCUGGGCCUUCCUCAUCCUGCUGAGCGCCAUGGUCCCACUGGCCAUGUUCAUCAUGGCGGAGUUCAUCUACCUGGGGAACAGCAUCUUCAUCAACUGGGACCAGGAGAUGUACUACGCGCCGCUGGACGUGCCUGCCAAGGCGCGCAGCACCAGCCUCAACGACCAGCUGGGCCAGGUGGAGUACAUCUUCUCGGACAAGACGGGCACACUCACGCAGAACAUCCUGACCUUCAAGAAGUGCUGCAUCGACGGCCACGUCUACGGUCCGGAUUCAGAGAGCAGGACCCCCAAGGGGAACCCCUACCUGUGGAACCAGUUUGCUGAUGGGAAGCUGCGUUUCCACAACGAGAAACUGCUACGCAUCGUGCGAGCCAAGAGGGACAAGGUGGUGCGAGAGUUCUGGCGCGCGCUCGCCAUCUGCCACACCGUCAUGGUCCAGGAGAAAGACAGUGAGCGGCCAGACCUGCCGGUGUACCAGGCGGCUUCCCCGGAUGAGGAGGCGCUGGUCACGGCGGCCCGGAACUUUGGCUACGUGUUCCUGUCGCGCACCCAGGACACCAUCACGCUCAUGGAGCUGGGGGAGGAGCGGGUCUACCAGGUCCUGGCCAUGAUGGACUUCAACAGCACCCGCAAGCGCAUGUCGGUGCUGGUCCGAAACCCGGAGGGCACCAUCUGCCUCUACACCAAGGGUGCCGACACGGUCAUCUUGGAGCGCUUACACAGGAAACACAGCGCGAAGCUGAGCACAGAGGAGGCCUUGGCUGCCUUUGCCAAGGAGACCCUGCGGACGCUGUGCCUGGCCUACAAGGAGGUGGAUGAGGCCACGUACAAGAGGUGGCACCAGCGGCACCAGGAGGCCAGCGUCCUGCUGCAGAACCGGGCACAGGCCCUGCAGGAGGUGUACAACAAGAUGGAGCAGAAUCUCAAGCUGCUGGGAGCCACAGCCAUUGAGGACAGACUCCAGGACGGCGUUCCUGACACCAUCAAGUAUCUCAAGAAGGCGAGCAUCAAAAUAUGGGUGCUCACAGGGGACAAGCAAGAGACAGCAGUGAACAUUGGCUUUGCCUGCCAGCUGCUGUCGGACAACAUCCAUAUCCUGGAGGAGAAGGAGAUAGUCCACAUCCUGGAAGCCUGCUCCAAGUGCAGCAGCAACCCGCUGACCAAGAAGGGCUUUCCAAAGUUCCCGCCACACAUCAAGUUGGCCAUGGUCAUUGAUGGGGACUUCCUGGACAAGCUGCUGCUGUCCCUGCGCAAGGAGCCGCGGGCCUUGAUCCAGAAUGUGGAGGCAGACGACUCCCGGCAAGAGCCCUGGGAGGCUGUGAGGGACUUCCUGCGGGCCCGGGGCCUAUCCAUGCUGUGGCAGAACUUCGGCGUCCAGCAGACCCCGACGAAGUCCAAGGACUCGAAAACCAGAGAAAGCCCUGAGGUGCAGCGUGAGCGGGCCUUCGUGGACCUGGCCUCACGGUGCCAGGCCGUCAUCUGCUGCCGGGUGACACCCAAGCAGAAGGCCUUGAUUGUGGCCCUGGUCAAGAAAUACCAUCAAGUGGUGACCCUGGCCAUCGGGGAUGGUGCCAAUGAUGUCAACAUGAUCAAGACGGCAGACAUCGGCGUGGGGCUGGCAGGGCAAGAGGGCAUGCAGGCGGUGCAGAACAGCGACUUCGCACUGGGCCAGUUCUGCUUCCUGCAGCGGCUGCUGCUGGUGCACGGACGCUGGUCCUACAUGCGGGUCUGCAAGUUCCUGCGCUACUUCAUCUACAAGACGCUGGCCAUCACGAUGACUCAGAUCUGGUUUGCUUUCUACAACGGCUUCAGCGCCCAGCCCCUGUAUGAAGGCUGGUUCCUGGCCCUUUUCAACCUCUUGUACACCACCCUCCCAUGCCUCUACGUCGGGCUGUUCGAGCAGGAUGUGAGCGCCCAGCAGAGUCUGCAGAUGCCCAAGCUGUACGUGGCGGGGCUGAAGGGCGAGCUCUUCAACUACUGGGUCUUCCUUCAAGCCAUCGCUCACGGCACGGCCACCUCCCUGGUCAACUUCUUCAUGACCCUGUGGAUCAGCUGGGACACCGCAGGACCCUGCAGCUUCAGUGACUACCAGUCCUUCGUGGUGGUUGUGGCCCUGUCUGGGCUGUUGUGCAUCACCAUGGAGGUCAUCCUGAUCGUCAAGUACUGGACCGUGCUGUUCGUGGUGGCCAUCGUCCUCAGCCUCAGCUUCUACGGGGUCAUGACUUACGUCACCCAGAGCUAUGGGCUCUACCAAAUCUCCCCAAAGACCUUCUCGUUUCUGUAUGCUGACCACAACAUGCUGUCCUGCCCCUCCACCAUGUUGGUCAUCCUCUCAAAUGUCACCCUGAACACCCUGCCUGUCCUGGCCCUCCGGAUGAUCUGCCAAACCCUCAAGAAGCCAUACCCCAAGGAGGAGGCGGAGGAAGAGGCCCCAACUGAAGAAAUUUUCACCGUGGAGCCCAUACCCCAUUUACAUCGGGGGUCAUGUGGUCGGCGUUCCAGCUAUGCCUUCUCUCACUAUGAGGGCUAUGCAGACCUCAUUACUCAGGGCACAAUUCUGCAGAGGCCACAAGAGGUCAGCAGUGAGUUGGAAUCUGAUUCCCCAGUCACAUCUGAAGAAGAACUGCUCUUGAGGCCAAAUAGCUCAUGCUGGCAUUUCAGGAAGUUGUCCCUGGGGAGGCUGAGACACCACCAGGGGGAGGUGUCCUUCGAGGAGAUGAAGCCCUCUUCUGCAAUGAGCUCAUCCUCGUCUGUAGACAGGCAAUCCGCUGUUAAUUCAGACAACCAAGGUUCUCCCACAAAAAAGUUGCCCGCCGCCAUGAACAGGGCAUCUGGGUCUUUCCAGAAGUUGCAGAUGGUAAAGAAGAGGCCACUCUCACCCAAGCAGAGGCCACCUCUUCCUGAGAAUCUGCUGUCAACCAAGGAGGGGUCAGUUCCUCUUCCGAAGGAGCGAGCACUGCCCAAAAAACACCAGCUGUCCCUUCCGGAGAGUCAGCCACAACCUUCGGCAACCAAGCCGUUGCCUUUGGGCCAGACGCUUUGGGGCAGCCAGACUGAAUCCUCAGAGGAGAAGCUGUCACCUGUGAGUACUUCAGUACCGUUGGGGGAGAGCCAGCCAUACAUCUCACCAAAGGAGCCCCAUGCCUCCAAGGAGGGGACAGUGGUGGAAACUCUGCCAGGUACAGAAGAGUCAUCUUUGUAG